CAUAGGGGCGUGGCGUUCCAUUUCAGCCAAUGAGAAAAGACAUUCGUCCCCGGGCCCCGCGCGCUGCUUGAGGAGCGGGUGAGGCUGGGGAGGUGGUUUCCUAGCAAGAUGGCGUCGGGCGGCGUCAGCCGGGCUGCUGCUGCGGCCAGCAUCUCUGUGAAGCCCAUUUUCAGUCGAGACAUGAGCGAGGCCAAGCGGAGGGUUCGCGAGCUCUACCGCGCCUGGUAUCGGGAGGUGCCGAACACUGUGCAUUUAUUCCAGCUAGACAUCACUGUGAAACAGGGACGGGAUAAAGUCCGAGAAAUGUUUAUGAAGAAUGCCCAUGUCACAGACCCCAGAGUGGUUGAUCUUCUGGUCAUUAAGGGAAAGAUGGAACUGGAAGAAACGAUUAAAGUAUGGAAGCAGCGGACACAUGUUAUGAGGUUCUUCCAUGAAACAGAAGCACCAAGGCCAAAGGAUUUCCUGUCCAAGUUCUAUGUUGGCCACGACCCAUGAAGUGGAAAGCUGUAUGUUGAUGUUUCAUUAUUUUAGAGCACAGAUAAACUCAUUAUACGAUGGUCACUUCGUGAUAGAAUUCUGUUGGUGAACCAGUUUUCUGCAGUCUCAUUUUUUGCCUGAACAAGUGGGGUCUUGGUAUACACACCACCUGUUCUUUCUCUUUUCCUGAAGUAUGGUAUUUGCUAUAAAUUAAAAUGGAUUCUCUUU